AUGACACUUCUGAAGACUUUGAUGCCCGUACUUGCCCUCACCAGCUAUGUCUUGGCUGGAACUAAUGGUGUGCCAACAGCAAAGAUCCGCAAUGGCCUCGUGAAAGGCCUCCAUCUCGAAACGUUCGACCAAGACAUCUUUCUCGGCAUUCCCUUCGCUGAAGCACCACGCCUGGACAAUCCCCGCCCGAUCAACAUGACAUGGAAUGAAACGUUCGAUGCAACGCACUUUGGCCCGGCUUGCUACGGCUUCGGCUCGAACAUCGACCUCAACCUCACGCAAAGCGAAGAUUGUCUGAAUCUGAACAUUGUGCGUCCGAGCGAAUACUUUGAACGAGCGCUGCCAGUUCUGGUCUGGGUCUAUGGCGGCGGUUUCACCCAGGGCUCGAACGCCGAUCCCAUGAUGAAUCUCUCUUAUAUCGUCCAGACCAGCGUGGAGAACCAGCAGCCGAGCAUUGCUGUUAGUAUCAACUACCGGUUGUCGUUCCUUGGCUUUCCAGGCGGGAAUGUGUCCCUUGAAGCAGGCAUCUCCAACCUAGGCCUCAAAGACCAGCAAAUAGCCCUCCAGUGGAUUCAACAGAACAUACGGGCGUUUGGCGGCGAUCCCAAGAGGGUGACGAUCUGGGGAGAGAGUGCUGGUGGGGUCAGUGUCGGUUUGCAUCUCAUUUCUCGGGGAGGCAAGGGCAGUGAAGGGCUGUUCAGAGGAGCGAUCAUGUCCAGUGGCACGGUAGUAGGGGCCGGCAAUCCAAAAUCCCCGUAUGCCCUAAAUGGAGAUUAUGACCAGAUUGUCGAUCAUGCUGGAUGUGCGAACACUACCAACACACUGCAGUGCUUGCGAGCAGUGCCCAUCGAAGCGAUCUAUCCCUUCGAAAGAAUUGUGUCGUACUCCGGCCCUGUGAUCGACGGUGACUUCAUCCAACGAGAGCCACUGCUUGAGCUCAACGAUGGAAAUGUCCAUCGAGUGCCGAUCGUACUGGGUGCGAACUCGGACGAGGGUCUUUUUGUCGUCAAUCUACUCGGCUCGCCAAACGAUGAAGCAGCUCUUCGAAAACUUUGCCAAACGGCUUUACCGGGUCUGUCCAACUCAACCAUCGGCGCCUUGCUCACUGCCUACCCUUCUGAUGGUCCAGCGCCACCAUACACCCUACGAUCAGAUUUCCCCUGGUGUACCGCGGUGCAAGCUGCCAACAUAUCAGACUGUACGCCCCUCUACCGUCGCACUGCAGCAAUACUUGGCGACUUCUUUGCCGACCUGGGCCGUCGUAUGGUCAGUCAAAGAUGGCCAGAAGCGGUGUACAGCUAUCGCUUCGUAGCUGAUUCCACCAGCAUACCGAUAACAUAUUGGAAAGGCUUAGGACCUGGCUUUGCAAAUCAUGGAACCGACAUUGCAUACGGGUUCCGAUUACCGGGAAAUUUCACAACAAGUAUACACUAUUACCCGCCUGUGAAACCGACACCCGGCCAUGAAGGACUGAGUAGAGUGAUGGCGAGUAGGUACAUCAGCUUUGUGCAUGGGUUGGAUCCAAAUGCGGUUGCUUGUAAGUUGAAUAAAAUCUCGUGGUAGCAUGAUGCUUAUCGGUGUUACAGUACCGAGUGUCGUCUCCUGGCCCAGAUACAACGACAAACAAGUGAAUUACGUCUUCAAUGUCUCUCCAGAGGAUCAUAUAGACAUUCAUCUUGAGCCGGAUACCUAUCGAGAACGAGGCAUCGGCAUCUGGAUGACGCACGCUUUUGAAGCCUUCUAUGGCGACCUUAGCGAGGGACGGGUUCGGGGUAUGCGGUACAAAUCCAGUACUUCCGCGGUAGAAAAGAAUCCAAAGUACAUGUUGUAA